ACAUUAUCUGUCUUAAAAAUGGCGCGAAACAGUAAUUUUCAAAUCACUUACGUGGGUAAGAUAUACAACUAAUUAACAUUUAAUAGUUAAUGUACAAUAGGAUAACAUUAACUUUAUAUUUAAGAUUGUGUUACAAGCAUACCAAAAACCCAUAUUUUAACAUGGAAAUAACGAUAUUGGAAGAUUUGGAUGUCAAUGCUUCCGACUUCUAUAAUGUAUUGCACGAUGAAAUUGAUAACGAUAUGGCAAAAUUAAAGAAGAGCGUUGAAAUGUUGAAGAACUUAAGACUUACAUCAGCGGAAAUAGAAGUCGAAACUGCAGCAAUGUACCAUGCCGAGCUUUUUUUUAAUAUAGAACAACUAAAGCAACUCGCCGAUGAAGUCAAAGCACUGGAUGAAAACAAAUCUGAUACUGUUCCAUAAACAAACAUUAAUCUCAAACAUUAACCUUAAUCAUUUCGUUUUGACAUUAAAGUUACUUUUAUUUCGAUUUUAAUAAACAGUUUCCAGAGAUAGAAUAA